AGUGUCAAACAAACAGUAGGUAAUAGAGGACGAUGCGCGAAUAUUAAUAAUCGACCGCAUAUAUAUAUAGUUUAUUCACUGAAGUAUUAUUUAGUGCUAGAUGCAUUCAAUGCGCCAUUCCAUGUAGUCUGCAGCACGGCAGCAGUUCGGUCACAACAGGCGACAUGAACGGAAGUGCAAUGAAUACGGUGUGCUACAAUGGGGCUAACGAUCGACUUAUACACGAGGCAGACCAACUUAUUUCAUACAUUGAAAGGGGUUCCACUGUGUUCAAGUUUUACCCUCGAAAGCGCCCAGAACGUCGCACUCUCCUGGUACGAAGGGAGACACAUCAAGUGUUGUGGCUACGAACAGGUGCACCGCAGCGUCAAGCAUACGAAGGUGCUUUAGAUAUUAGAGAUAUCAAAGAAGUCAGGAUCGGAAAGUCGUCUAAGGACUUCGAGCGAUGGCCAGAAGAAACGAAGAGACUGGAAAACUCAAAGUGUUUUACGAUUUAUUACGGAGUGGAGUUCAAACUUCGUUCAGCAUCUUUUGCUGGUAAGCUUUGCUCUAUUGUUUACUAAACACCCAUCUAUUUUCGUCUGCGUGCCAAUACUCGAUAUAGAUGAAUGCACUAUAGUAAUAUAUUGAUUGAUUCUCAUUGAAAUUGGAAUUAUUGUUAUGAACUAAAGCUUUGAUGUGAAAGUGAGUAACUUCCUUUUUCCGUUCCAGUUUAAGCAAGAAAUAUUACUAGAAUGCCAAGAAUAAUGAUCAUUAUAUUUGGAUAAUGUAUAAAUGACACUAUUAACUUUACUAUUUAGUGAGUAUUUUGCGGUAGAAAGUAUAAAAAACAAAUUUGUAUAAAAAUAGCCUUCAAAUUAAAUAAAACACUAUUAAACUUUGUGUAUGUAAAAUAAAUUUAUAUAUGAAAUAGAAAUAAUUCUGAAAAAAAUCAACUAUAUAAAAUAUUAAAUGAGUUUUUCUAUUAUUGUCAAUUAAAAAGGUUUUGAUGUUAAACUGGCAUUGAAAAUUGUUAUGCAGUAAUAUAUUAAUACAUCUAGUGAACAGGCUCUAAUUAUCCAAGACUGUCAGUCUUCUGCAAUUGAUUUUAAUCUUUAAGAUGAAGGUAGUUUAGUUGAAAAACAAAUGCAGUAUGUAAUUUGCCAUCUUGUGGUGACUGCUGCUGUGUGUUACUAAAACCAGCUAGUGUUGUUUGUUAUUAUAGUGCAAAUAUUACAAGUGCAAAUGUACAUAUAUUUUCAAUGUUAUAGCAAACAAAAAGUUUUAUAUUCUUCAUACAAAUAUAACACUGUAAUUAUAUAGUUUUACUUUGUAUGUUUGAAUAAUAGGAAUAAUUUACUAAACAUUUUAAAUAUUAUUUAACUGGAAGUAUGUGAAUAGUGAAUAUCAACCAUAUGAACACUCUUCUACUAUGUACCCACCUUAAAUUUGCCAAAAAAUCUUUUUGAAUCUAAGGUAGUUCCAUACUCAAUAAUAAAAUGUUUAUAAACACAUUUUCCAUUUGAAAUUCACCUUAACUUAUUUAUAUUGAAGAACUUCCAUUUUAGUUAUUAUGACAAAGCAGUGAGGUUGACUUCAUAAUGAUAACAUAAUUACUUGUCGAUAUUGUUCAAAGAUCUCUUUACUUAGAAAAUGUGCACUUAUGGCCUAGUUCUGAAUACAGAAAAGUACAAAAUCUCAACUGAUUAUUUUCAAUAACUUAAGUUUUUUAAGCGUGUCGUACUAUGGAUAAUGACGUAAUAGUAGUAAAAAAAUAUAUUUUCUCAUCACACAGAAUAAUGUCUUAUGUGCUAGUAAGUUACAAACACAGUCAUUCUUGAGAUUCUGUUUUGAGACUGAUGCCUAAGUUAAUAAAAUAAAGUUUCCCACAAAAAAAAAAUCACCUAUUUGCUAGACAGGAUGUAUUAAGUCUUGAAGCAUGAAUGUAAGAGUUUCCAAAUACAUUAUGAAAAAGUUCUGAAGGGACUCAAUUGAAACAAAAAAAAAUUUUAAGAACUAUGCAAUAAAAUUCUGGAAUAACAAUCAUAUCUAUUCUGGAAUAGAUUAAAUAACAUUCAAACUUUAUUUUAAAAGUAACUUUUGAAUAAUAUUAAAGUAUGAAUAUUUGCGCUACAUAUGGCUCCUGAUUGUGCAUAUGUAUAAAACCAGCAAUAUACAAUAGUCUGUAUUUACUACACUGAAAAAAAUUAAAAAAUCAAGAACAAUAAAAACAUUUCUGUAAAACUAAAUUCUGGUGUUUUUAUAUCACAUAAUAAUAGCGGCACAUUGAAUUGUCCUCUUUCUUAUAGUGUUACAACACUUGUUACCUUUAAAUUGUAUUUCUCAGUCAUACGAUACUGACCAUAUUGUAUGUAUUCCAAUCAGAAAAUAAACAUUCCUUAGCAAUAUUUAAAACAUUUAUAAUACUUCUUGAAUAACAAUAUUAGCAUUUUAUAAAUUUAAUUUGCUUGUGAAAUAUUUCAGCACAGACAGAUAAAGAAUGUGAUGCCUGGGUGAAAGGCUUGAGAUUCCUGUUGGAAGAAGCUAUAAAUGCAUCAUACCCAUUGCAGAUUGAAAGGUGGUUAAGGAAAGAGUUCUAUGCAUUAGAGAACUCCAACGAAAAGAUAACUUUAAAAGAAGUCAAGGCUUUUUUACCAAAAAUUAAUUGUAAAAUAUCAACUAGCAAACUGAGAGACAUCUUCCAAGAAGUAGACACUGGAAAGAAAGGGGAGAUUGGUUUUGAUGAUUUCUCUAUACUGUACCACAAACUUAUUUUUGAUGAGAAUGUGAGUACAUAUAUAUUUAUGAUUUCUUACAUUUUAUUGAAAAUAUGCGGCCCUGAUGGAACACCGUUUAUCUACCACGGCCAUACUCUCACCACUAAAAUCAGAUUUAUGGACGUGUUAAGAACUAUAAAAGAGCACGCUUUCGUCACUUCCGACUACCCUCUAAUCUUGUCGAUAGAAGAUAACUGCUCGUUGCCCCAACAACGCAGGAUGGCGAGCGCUUUCCAAGACGUGUUCGGUGAUAUGCUCCUAGUUCAGCCUUUUGAAAAGAACGAAUCUAGUCUACCAUCACCCCAUGAUCUGCGGAGAAAAAUCAUACUGAAACAUAAGAAACUACCCGAAGGCGAAGAGGAGAACUCAUUCUCUGUGCGUCAGGAGGAAGGGAAAGAUCUCGAUUUGAGGAACUCCAUUAAGAACGGCAUCCUGCUUCUCGAAGACCCCGUUGACAAGGAGUGGAAUCCGCACGCUUUCGUGCUGACAGAGAACAAGUUGUAUUACACGGAGAAUUACAGUACGCAAGGGGAGACUGAUGUCGACAGCGACGGAGAACCAGAGCUGGAAGGGCUGCCUAGUAUACCCCAAGACGAGUUGCACUUCGGCGAGUGUUGGUUUCACGGUAAAUUAGCGGGGAACAGGCAAGAAGCUGAGGAUUUGCUGAGAGCUCAUGCUCAUCUCGGCGACGGUACGUUUUUGGUGCGUGAGAGUGUGACGUUCGUGGGUGAUUACUGUCUGUCGUUCUGGAGACAGGGCAAGGUGAACCACUGCCGCAUCAAACUGAAACAGGAACGCGGCGUCACCAAGUACUAUCUGAUAGACACGGUGUGCUUUGACAGCCUAUACAGUUUGAUCACACAUUACAGACAGCAUCCGUUGCGUAGUCAGGAGUUCCUGAUAACCCUGAAGGAGCCAGUGCCUCAGCCCAACAAGCACGAAGGCAAGGAGUGGUUCCAUCCUCAAUGCACACGUGCUCAAGCGGAGGAACUCUUGCGCAAGGCUAACACAGAUGGGGCUUUCCUAGUGCGCCCCAGUGACAAGGACCACGGCUCAUUUGCAAUCAGCUUCAGGUACUAAAUUUUUUAAUUAUCAAUGUACAUUGAUUCCUCAGACUGACAUGACAAAACUGAUGAUCACCCAUGGCUGACAAAACUAUUAAAUUAAAUCAAUUCCCAAUAUAAAUGAGACAUUUUCACUUGUAUAAUAUUUGUAUGGGUGAGAUCCGUCUCUUCAAAUCUAGAACGUUGAUUAGUUUAGUAGAAAUAUGUAACAGUAUAUAACCAUCCACGUUAAACGAUAAACAUGCCGCAUGUGAUUAAAAUAUAGCUAAUAUAAUUUUUAAAUAGUUUUUGCUAUAUCAGCGAAUGAAUAAAUUUAUUUUUAGUGAUUUCUUUGAAGCUUUGCAAUAGAAAAGCUAAGGUUAUACAUACUGUAAUCUCUAAUGAAUUGUGAUUUUUAGAAUAUUAAUUUAUUUAUUCUUUGUUUUAUUAAAUUGUAUUAUAAUAUCUGUGGUAGUAUGUUAUUUCAAAUCAUAAAUAUAAAAUAAUAAUCACAGCGGAUUCGUUGGUUCGUUUAUAACUCUUGUAACGAAUUGUAGAGAUGACAACAAUUAGUUUUAUACAGGGUUAUAAAAUUGU